AUCACAUACUUUGAGGUAUAAUUUGAUUCAGGCUGCCGUACUUGCUUUCGAGAACCUGAUUUGGGUAUUGUUUCCUUCAACAAUGGGAUGGAAUUUUAUUUACAUGUUGAGAGGCCUAGAGUUGCUUACAACCUGUUCGAUCAAAUGCCUGAAUAUAAUGGACUGUACAGGUAUGGGAUGAUGCGUAAAAAUGCGACUGCCCAACAUAUGAUACUUCAUUUUUCGUUUGAUCCUGGUUCAGCAAAUGGACUUAUAUUCGAAGGUGUCGCAUUGGUGUUUGAUAAUAGUCUUUAUGGAAUCUUCAGUAUAGUAUGUUUGGUGAGGUAUUCGUGAUUGGAAUUGGAGAUCGAUCAGGGGCUUUUGCAUACCAACUGUUUGAUGGAAAUUCCCAAAGAAACAACCCUGAGUGUAUUUUCCCGUUUGCAAACAAGGAGUCGAUUUUAAUUCCUCCUUGUUACCACGAUUAUCGAAUGCCUAUUGAGACAGAGCCAUUGAGUAGAAAUGUAGCUUUCCUUCAAAAAGCAUCCUAAAACUUGGAUAUGGACAUCAAUUUUCCAUGUACCACGGUCGUUGGCCUGAUACUGAGCAAACACCUUAUCAAUGACACUGCCAGGAGCUGUUCCAAGUUGGCUCAAAUGUCUUGAUAGUGAAACAGCAACUGUAGAGGUCUUUGUUGCUGCCCUUACAUCAGCUGUAGAAGCGGGAUAGUCAAACUUUGUGGAUCAGAUGCUCGACGAAAUGCCUCCUUACUGCUCCAAUGUGUUCGAUCUGGGACCUUCGGCUACAACUGUCAUUCUCGUGGCAAUGCUACUUUAUUUUGCAGAUGGACAUUCAGAAGAGGACCACUUGUACGAUAAAUGUCCUCAACUGGUUGAAUCUGGAAUUCUAGGUUCGGCCAUUACAUUUCAAGUGUAUUUUACAAAUCAAGUUGUUUGUGAUGAUGAUUGGAGAGGCGAAAUUCAGGUUGCCAAAUUUCCUCAAAUUCAAGUGCAGUUAUCUCCCUUUGAUAUUAGUGAGAUUUUUGCGAGUGUUGAGCCUAUUAUACCCCGUUUGUUAGAGAUUACUGCACUAUGGAUUCAUGCCUGUAACUGGAUAGAUAGCGGCCAGAGAUUGGCGAUUGGCUUUAUCUACGUGUCCACCCAUCUUGGUCCCUCAUUAUACCCAGUCAUUCUUAACACCUUUGACAGAGGUAGAUAUAGUUGGGUUUCUGUAGAAUGUGAGCUCUCACCUCAAGAACUCUCAUCUUUUGGUCAUUUGAUGCUGACUUUAGUUGCACAUGAACGGUUUGAGAAAAGUGCUAAAAGAGCAUUUGCAUAUUUGUAUGUCAGUAUUGGAGCUAUGGAGUAUUUGGUUUACAUUGCUCCAUCACUAAAUCUUUAUGCUAUAGCCAAAUUCUAUUCCUAUUUCCAACUGAAGUACGUAUCUAUCUUCUUUCUAUUUGAUGACUAUUUGCGGGUUUCUGAAGAUGGCAUGACAAAACAGGGCUUAAUUGAAAGGGGCAAGUAGUGUGGUGUUAAUUGCACAAUGUUUCGGUGGUGAAUUGGGGCCAUAUAUUUAGAUGAAACUCGCUGGGUGUCAACCAUUUGGCAUAACAUUUGUUAGCGUGAUCCAUUCGUGUUCGGCGCUAGCUCCAUUUAGACAGAGGCAACAGAUUCAUUCUAAUGAUAUAAGCACGGGAGCAAUAUCUGAGAUUGCAAUUGUUAGUCUCUUGUUUAGCAUGUAUUCAACCUUGGAUAUUUUAAUGUAGUUGCGAGGAAUUUUGAAGAAACUGGAGAAGCUGAUAUUAUUUUGUGCAUUACUAUGAUUUCUGCUUAUGAGAUUUUCGAUAUGUACAAUGAGACAGUUCCUGCGGGUUUUGUAGGCACAUUGGACUGCAUCCGAGAUAUUGUUGUCGAUACUAUCAAGUUCGAGAUUGUACCUAGGUUCCAUCUAGUGGGAUCCUAUCUCGUGAGAAAACUGUUUCCCCCUAAUGCAAUGAUGUUCACAGUUGGUGAGCGAAUUGCUAAGAAGACAAUUGUCGUUGUUGCUGGCAGUGGCUCGAGGAUAAGCCUUGUUGGCUCACUGAAAGAAAGACCUUGUUUUCCAACUGAGUGACACGUUUCUCUCUGUAUUUUGAACAUCAGGACAUUAUAAUUUAGUUGUUUACGGAAUCAGAUUCGCCUUGUGACUCAAAAUUUUGCAUUAACUCCUUCUAUCUUACAUGGGAACAACUUGUAUGGAAUGCCUGAUGCAGCUAUGGUUAAAUUUGAAGCUUUUGUCUGUACUGCCAUUAUGUUAGCACAUGUACGUGGUUACAUAUUCUUCUUUGGCCAUGCAGAACACUUCGGUUUGGCGACAACGGGUGGGGAGACUAUUAACCACGUUGUUCUUGACUCGAACCUUGAGGACAAGGUUCUUAUUGGGGGUGGGAGUAUUGUAACAAAUGUGGCUACAGUGGAAGACACUUUUGGGGAGUUGGCAAAUUACCUUUGGGACCCCGGAAAGAUGCCUAUAUAUAGAAAAGGAACAUAAUCUAUUAGGGCAUCUUAGUUUAUCUAUGA